CAUAAUCAUCCAAUAUGAGGGGAUGAUAAAUGAAAGAUACUGAUUAUAAAUUUUGAAGAGCCCGUGGCAACGCACGGGCGUUAUACUAGCCAAUCUUCUCACUUAUCCAAGCCAAGUUCUCUCUAUCAAUUGUCCCAAACCACCCAUGCAACAUCACGAGCUCCUCAUAUAUUGUUUGUUCUGAGUCAAGUAAUCAAAGACUGGAUUGUACAUAAACAAUGCUAUAUAUUUUGCAGGCAAGAAUCCAGAACCACACUUUCUCUUUACACUUUCCUCUUUCCAAUUGUAAAAUAUUGUGCUAGGUAGCAAGAGCAAGGCAAGUAUGGAAUUCCACCUUUUCUUUCUUUAAAUGCCUUGUAUUGAAACCUGCUGUCACCAUUGCUCAUUGCCAUUGCAUAGCCUGACAAAGAGAUCAAUCAAGCCAAAGAGAAAGGAUGGCUUCAGGCUUGCAGGUGUUUGGCCAGCCAGCAUCCACCGAUGUUGCCAGGGUUCUGACAUGCCUCUUUGAGAAGAAUUUGGAGUUUGAUCUCGUCCGCAUCGACACAUUCAAGAGGCAGCACAAGCUUCCCGAGUUCAUCAGGCUGCGGGAUCCAAGUGGACAAGUGACAUUCAAGCAUGGUGACAAGACUCUUGUCGAUCCAAGGGCUAUUUGCCGGUACCUCUGUACCCAGUUCCCAAACCAGGGAAACAGGAACCUCUAUGGGACUGGCUCUCUGGAACGGGCAUCAAUAGAACAGUGGCUGCAGGCAGAGGCUCAGAGCUUCAACCCUCCCAGCUCGGCCCUCGUGUUUCAGCUGGCAUUUGCUCCUCUUCUGGGAAUCCCUCAGGACCACAUGGCCAUUGCAGAGAAUGAGAGGAAGCUUCAGCAAGUCCUCAAUGUUUACGAUGAAAUACUCUCGAAGAAUGAGUACCUAGCUGGCGAUGAGUUCACCCUGGCUGACCUCUCCCACCUCCCGGACUCGCAGUACAUUGUGAGCUCGGAGAGGGGGAGGAAGCUCUUCACCUCCAGGAGGAAUGUGGCGAGGUGGUUCGACCAAAUCUCGAGGCGCAAGGCGUGGGAGCAGGUUGUCAAGAUGCAGAUGGAGCAUCCUGGCGCGUUCGAGUAGCGGCUUAGCACCUUGGUGGUCGCGAGCAAGUGUCGAGCUCAUGUUGAAGAGCUGUCUACGUCUAUCGAUCUUACUUUCAUGUGUUCUUUCGUCAUCGUUGCUACUUGUGUUGUCGUUUACCAAAUCCUCUUCAUUGUUUGUCCUGUGAACCAGAAUAAUAUGAGGCCUGUUUGUGAUGUCUGAUGUACAUUGCGCCGUUUAAAAUGCUUUUGCCCUGGUGUGCUCUACUGUCUGCUUUUCACUAUACCAUUAACAGAAAGAAACUUGAUCUUUUA